AUGUCCACUUAUAUUUGUCUUCAUCACUGUGCUUUUUCUUCAGGAUUUCCCUUUUAUACACACAUUUUCUUCAGAAUAGAACUUUCAUAUUUACUUUUUCUUCAGGAUCAUACUUUCACGUCUACAUUUUUUUCUUCAGUACCGUUCUUUCAUUCCCUUUUUCCUUCAGAAUCUCAUUUUCAUAUCCACUGUUUCUUGAGGGUCAUAUUUUCAUGCCCACUUUUUCUUCAGGAUCGUACGUUCGUGUCUACUUUUUCUUCAGGAUCAUACUUUCAUGUUUAUUGUUUUUUCCUUCAUUACCUUACUUUAAUGUGCCCUUUUUUCUUCAGAAUCCUACAGUUAUGUUCACUUUUUCUUCAGGAUCGUACGUUCGUGUCUAAUUUUUCUUCAGGAUCAUAUUUUCAUGUCCACAUUUUUUUUUCUUUAUUAACGGACUUUCAUGUCCUUUUUUCUUCAGGAUCGUACGUUCGUGUCUACUUUUUCUUCAGGAUCAUAUUUUCAUGUCCACAUUUUUUCUUUAGUAACGGACUUUCAUGUCCUUUUUUCUUCAGUAUCGUAAUUUCAUAUCUACUUUUUCUUCAGCUUCUCAAUUUUAUGCUCACUUUUUAUUCAGGAUCGUAUUCAGGAUCGUACCUUCAUGCCCACUUUUUUUUCUUCAGUUCCGUACUUUCAUGUGAACCUUUUUUCUGCAACAUCUCAAUUUCAUUCCCAUUUGUUCUUCAGGAUCGAACUUUCAUGACCACUUUUUCUUUAGAAUCAUUCUUUCAUAUCCAUUUUUUUCUUCAUUAUCGUACAUUCAUGUCCCCUUUGUUCUUUAAUAUCGUACAUUCAUGUCCACUUUGUUCUUUAAUAUCGUACAUUCAUGUCCACUUUGUUCUUUAA